GUUGCUGCGCCAUCUGAUCUGACAUUCACCAAGCGCAGCAAUGGCAGGGAUGGAGAUAGCCCCGCUUAGACCAUGGGAUGACUUUUUCCCUGGAGUGGACCGAUUCGCCAAACCAGACUUUGGAGAUUUAGCCAAAUGGAAUAAUAGGAUCAUCAGCAACUUGCUAUACUUCCAAACAAAUUACCUUGUGGUGGUCAUCGCGGUUUUUCUUAUUGUUGGGUUCAUGAACCCCAUCGGCAUGUUUCUGGGCGGGGGUGUGGUCACACUCGUUUUCAUGGGCUCCGUUUGGGCCGGAGAGAACAAGGCUGUGAUCAAGAACUUCAAGAGGAAGAACCCCAUGCUGUUCAUCAUCGCUGUGAUGUCGGUCAGCUACUUCGUGCUGUCCCUGUGCGGAGGGGUCAUGGUGUUCAUCUUUGGAAUCACUUUCCCCCUGCUCCUGAUCCUGAUCCACGCCUCCUUGCGGCUGAGAAGCAUGAAGAACAAACUGGAAAACAAGAUUGAAGGGGUUGGCCUGAAGAAGACUCCCAUGGGCGUGAUCCUGGAUCUGCUGGACCAGCAGGAGGAAAAGAUCAACAAGAUCCAGGAUUUCAUAGAAAGCAAGAUGAAGGACUGAGGAGCGAGGCCAGGGUCAUUCACAAGGCUAUGGUCCCCUAACCUGUUGUCACCCUCACCAAAGUCUGUUGUGUGUCAUAAUUGUGUGCAUUUUAUCGGACUCAAAUCAGUGUUUAACGAAAAGAUGAAGAUGUAAAUAUCAACUUAUUUUGCUUCAGCCAACAUCAGGUUUAGAUUAUUGGGCCACGUAACUGUAUAGGCUGCCAGUUGGUUACCCUGUAGAUGUUGCAUCCCCAAAGGUGUUCCAGUGACUACACAGAUAUGAAGUUACAACUUAUGGGUGACUCACCGCAAUUUACUCUGUAUGUGUCAAGUUUUUUUGGGCUGUCUGUCCUGAGAAGUGACAGGUAGCAUUACGUUCUCAUUGUUUUUUUGUUUAUCUUGUUCUUAUGCGCAUCUUCUUGCUUGGAGUGUUAUAUAGUGUGGUGUGUUGAGGUUCAGCCAUUAAGUAUUUGGCUGAAGAGUUUGGCUUUAUUGAAACUUUUAGUUUUUCUCCUUAGUUUAGAUUAAUCAUAGAAUGUUCAUUCACUUGCUAUAACAAGAUUAUAGUUGUGAUAUGAUGGCUUGAUAUAGAUCUUUCCAUGGCACUUUAUUAGACAACUUUUGUGGUGUAAGUUGCAGCUUAUCAAAAAAAUCAUCACAUUUAUAAGAGUUAAUAUUAUUUUCAUUAAAUAUUGUUUAUUUCAUUUGAAUGAUAAAUAUUAGGUUCCUUUCAAUCAUAUUUCAGUGGAAUUCCUAAAUAUAGUAUAUGAGACCAACAUGUUUGCAUGUGCAAAAGUUACAGGCCCCAUUUAGAAUUCAGAAGGGCAGACUGGUAGUGCCGUCAAGAGCUCAACUCAAUUGCAGUGCUACCUCAAAAAACAUCUUUGUUUUUCCCAACAUUGUUACAAAACAAAUUCCUUUUUAUAUUUUUGUUUAUUGUUGUUGUUAUUCACAUUGUUUUAAGCCAUUGUGUUUAUUUACAUUAUUUUAUUUACUUAUUUACUUUAUUUAUGCAAUAUGGUUUGCGUUAUUCUCCUAUUUAAUGAGUAGCAAUAAUUAGUCAUGGGGAGUCGAUGGACAUGGUCAUAUCAUAGCUAUGCAAUACUGGAAAAGGAAUGGCGACUGGCUUUAAUACUGGAUUGUAUCAAGCUGUACCCCAUCCCCAAAUAUAGCUUUAAUGAGAUUUUGUGGUAUGCAUUACAGGCACUUUUCUUGCACUGUUCUGUCUCAAGCAUGCAAAUGGAAACUGCUGAAUGAAAAGCAACAUGUACUCCUUUGUAUCUAAGCAAGGUAAUCAAUCACAGUCGUGUGCAUUUUGCAUUGUUAUGUAUGUCAGACUCCUGUGUCUCACAUCUCGUACGUAUGUGUAAAUGCAGAACAGGAGGACUUUUGAAUUAAACAUUUUUCUCUGUU